AUGUCUCUUUCACGACACAUCGAUGCUGAGGAAGUGAUUCAGAAAUCCAAAGACGCUCCUCACACCCAGGCCUACCGUCAAGUUCACGAAAGACGGUCCGUCCAUCAAUCUUGGAGCCGCGAUGAAGAUGCCCAAGGAGUGACAAAAUAUUCUUUGCCUGAAGUUGGGAUUCCAUCCAAAGCUGCCUACCAACUGCUUCACGAUGAGACCCAACUCGACGGAAACCCUUUGCUCAACCUUGCUUCAUUCGUACAUACCUGGAUGCCGGAAGAAGCUAACAAGCUCAUCAUGGAAAAUAUCAACAAGAAUCAGGUCGAUAUGGAUGAAUACCCGGCUGCCACGAUCAUUCACAACCGUUGCAUCUCAAUGAUUGCGUCGCUAUGGAAGGCCCCGUCCACGGGCAAAGUGAUCGGGACUUCCACUGCGGGGUCAUCCGAGGCAAUUAUGUUGGGAGGUCUCGCAAUGAAAAAACGAUGGCAAGAAGCCCGUAAAGCAGCCAAAAAGGACUUUUAUCAUCCCAACAUCGUAUUUGGAUCUAACGCUCAGGUCGCUUUGGAGAAGUUUGCGCGAUACUUCGAUGUCGAAUGCCGUCUCGUUCCUGUCAAAGCCAGCAGCAACUACGUGAUGGAUCCAAAGGAUGCCAUACAGUUCAUUGACGAAAAUACGAUUGGAGUCAUGGUCAUACUUGGUUCAACGUACACUGGCCAUUUCGAGAACGUAGCGGAGAUGAGUGAAUUGCUUGAUAAACUUCAAGAAGAGACUGGAUUGGAUAUCCCAAUUCACGUUGACGGUGCCUCUGGCGCAUUCGUCGCUCCGUUUGUCUACCCAUCAUUGAAAUGGGGUUUUGAUAUUCCCCGUGUCGUUUCCAUUAACACUUCUGGACACAAGUUCGGUCUCGUUUACGCUGGGAUUGGUUGGGUGUUAUGGCGAGACGAAUCUUUCUUAAACAAGGAUCUUGUCUUUCAGCUUCAUUACCUCGGAAACGUUGAAUAUUCUUUCACACUAAACUUUUCGAAACCUGCCUCACCUAUCAUUGCCCAAAUGUUCAACUUCCUCAACCUUGGUUUUGAAGGAUACCGUAAAAUCGCGAUCAAGGAUCUUCGUAACGCCAGGCUACUUUCUAGGGCAUUGGAAAAUACGUACUUCAAGGUGCUAAGCAAUAUUCAUCGUGUCUUACCCGGGCGAGAUGAAGAUGACGAUCCGGAAUCGUAUGAACCGGGCUUGCCUGUUGUUUCAUUCAAAUUAUCGGAUGAUUUUAAAGAAAAAUAUCCGCACGUCCAGCAAGUUUGGAUUCAAUCUAUGCUCAGGACGAAAGGCUGGAUUGUGCCCAAUUACAAUGGCCCAGAAGGAGAAAAAGACACUGAAAUGCUGCGCGUUGUCGUCCGCGAAACGUUGAGCGAAGACUUGACCGAAAGACUGAUUGCUGAUAUCAUCGAUACUACUGAGUCAAUGAUGUCUGAAUCCGGUAGCCAAAUUCUACUGGCAUUAAGUCAGAGUUCGCACCAAGCCGAUAGAGAACAUGGUCGACCUGACAAGUCCAACUUCGGUGAUACUGCUGAGGAUGCACAGGAGCAAGCUGGAUUCUCAAGGCAAUGUUGA